CUGAUUUCACAAUGGGCUCCAUCAGUGCAGCAAAUGCAGAAUUUUGUUUUGAUGUAUUCAAAGAGCUGAAAGUCCACCAUGCCAACGACAACAUCUUUUAUUCUCCCCUGAGCAUCAUUGCAGCCUUGGCCAUGGUUUAUCUGGGAGCAAGAGGUAACACUGAGUAUCAGAUGGAGAAGGUUCUUCACUUUGACAAAAUUGCAGGACUUGGAGGAACUAUUCAGACCAAGUGUGGCAAGUCUGUGAAUAUCCACAUACUGUUUAAAGAACUUCUCUCUGAUAUCACUGCACCAAAAGCCAAUUAUUCACUCCACAUUGCCAACAGACUCUAUGCUGAAAAGACAUGUCCAAUCCUACCGAUCUACUUAAAAUGUGUGAAGAAACUGUACAGAGCAGGUCUGGAAAUGGUCAACUUCAAGACAGCAUCAGAUCAAGCCAGACAGCUCAUUAAUUCCUGGGUGGAAAAUCAGACAAAUGGACAGAUCCAAGAUUUCCUUGUGUCAGGUUCUGUUGAUCUCAAUACUGUGCUGGUCCUUGUGAAUGCCAUUUACUUCAAAGGGAUAUGGAAGACGGCAUUUAAAGAGGAAGACACUCGGGAAUUUCCCUUCAGCAUGACAAAGCAAGAAAGCAGACCUGUGCAAAUGAUGUGUCAGAACAGUACCUUCAAAGUGGCAGCGGUGGCUGCAGAGAAGAUGAAGAUCCUGGAGCUUCCGUACGCCAGUGGGGAGCUGAGCAUGUUGGUAUUGUUGCCUGAUGACAUCUCUGGCCUGGAGCAG